GGAAACGGUAAAUUACUGUAGUGUAAAACUAGUGAAAGGGUCAUUUACUUAUAUUUUUUUAGCCUUCUUUUUAAAUGGUUAGCAAGCAGCAAUUAAAUAACCUAUCGAUUUCCUUUAAAAAGAUCUAGUCAAAUAUAAUGAUGGAUGAAGCUGCAGAGGAUGCUGGAAUGUGUGGAGGGUGUUGGUAUCUACUGCUGGGGUGCAUCACUGUGGUCAUUUACAUCUUCUAUAAUAAGCUGACCACACCAGACAACUGGGAAAAAUAUGGUGUCAAGCAGGGCACAAUGGGACUGGUGUCUAUGAGAGAUGGCUUCUCCCAACUCCUGGCAGAACACGGAGACACUGUUGGCAUUGUCCGCAGCAAGAUGCUGCUAGUGACCAGAGACCUGACCCUGCUCAGGGAGGUUCUGGUCAGAGAUUUCAGCAACUUUGUUGACCGCGAGGGCACCCACAGUACACGCUCUGUCAUUGCCAAAGGACUUUUCUUCCUCCAGGGCCAGGAUUGGAAGCGGAUGAGACAGAUUGUAACCCCGUCCUUUAGCUCUGUCAAAAUGAAACACAUGUCCAAGACAGUGGAAGAACGAGCCAUCAAGCUGACCCAGGUGCUAGAAGACUAUGCCAGACAAGGGAAACUCCUCCCUAUCAAAGACAUCUCUGUACAGUUUACCAGUGAGAUCAUUGCAAGGACAGUGUUUGGGUUCAGCACCAACAGUUUGGGAGGGGCGGAUGAUGAGUUUACAGCCUAUAGUAAACAGAUGUUCAGAGUCCGCGGGAGGUACAUGGCCAAGCUGAUGCCACUCAUCAUGAGGUUCGAAGCCUUUCACAGGUUCUGUGUGCAGGUGUUAAAUAUCAAGCUACUGGAUGGGUUUCGAGAGGAUUCUGAAGUGUAUUUUAAAACAAUUUUGAAAAGAUCCCUGGAAGAAAGGAAAGAGAUGGAGGUGAGGGGAGAGAAGGUGCCACAAGAUUUCCUGCAGAGUUUGAUACAGGCUAAAGCAGCUGGGGACAGGGGGGAGCUGGUUGAUAGCACGGAUGACAUAGAUGAUGACAUGUCGCGUCACAGUGUCAGCAGGGACAAGCUGCCAAAGACGAUGUCCAGCGAUGAGUUGAUGGGUCAGUCUCUGGUGGUCAUACUGGCUGGGUUUGAGACCACAGCCAUAACCCUACAGCUGUGUUUGUAUUUGCUGGCCAAACACCCUGACGUCCAGGACAAAAUAUGUGACGAGAUUGAAAGAGUAGUCCAGGGGGAAACGCCCACCUAUGAAGAGCUGCAGCAGUUGACCUACAUAGAACAGGUGAUCAACGAGACCUUGAGGCUGUAUCCCCCCGCCCCCAUCAUGUCCAGGAAAGCUGCACAGACCAAAACUUAUGGGAAAAUCACCAUCCCUAAGGGGGCGGGGGUCUGGAUCCCUAUCUUUGCUAUCCUCACUGACCCCAAACAUUACCCUGACCCCGAAAAAUUUGACCCGGAAAGAUUUUCGGAAAAAAACACUGCCAAACGUGACCCCAUGGCCUUCAUGCCUUUUGGAUAUGGCCCCAGGAUUUGUAUUGGGAUGAGACUUGCCUUACUGGAAUUAAAGAUGGCGCUGGCUACACUGCUCAGAAAAGUUAGGGUAGAGCUGAACGAGGAGACAGAGCCUAAGAAAGGUGAAGAUGUUGUGAUUAAAACAGCUGGCUUCAUCAGGACAGAGAAACCUCUCUUGUUGGCUGUCAAACUGAGGUCAGAAUAACCAGUUUAGCAGUUUAAAAAUGUUGUCCAGGUUGCUGAAGUAUGAUUAUUAUAUUUGUUUAUUUUUUAAUGAGUUUAUUAAUUUUUUAUAAAGUACAUAUGUGCCUUGUUUUUUUUUUAAACAAGCAGCCAUACUGUAUUUAUAUGUUGAUUAUAUUAACAAAUGCUUUUGUGAUGUUGAGCUUUACAUAUAAACUAAAUAUUUGGAAAUUUUUUUAUACACUAAU